AUGUCCGUUGCACUAUUCCGCCAAGCCCUCGAUCUCGCACCCCAGCUUUUCCACAAGCUCAGCAUUCUGCAGAUCGGCAAAGAGGCGUCUUACUACAAGAAUCCCCAAAGUGUGAAAUCUGUUAACCUGUCGAUCCGCAUCCUCAACGCCUAUGGCCCCACAGAGACUUGUGUCUUUGCCGCCAUGUUCUGGACUGACAUUGCCAACAUGCCCACGUCUAGAUCAGUUCUUAUUGGCUUACCAGUGUCAACCACUCAAGUUCUCAUUGUCGACACACAGGGUUGGCUUGUGCCCCCGGGCGUGGUCAGUGAGCUGGUGGUCGGUGAGCUGGUGAUUGGCAGUGCUGGUGUCAGUCCAGAGUAUCUGAGGUGGCCGAAGGAGUCGGCCAAGGCCUUAGUCGAGCUUGGGUUCAAUGAACUCAACCCAGGUGUGGCUUGGUAUUACCGCACGGGUAAUGCUAUGAGAUGGGGCCCGAAUGGACAGUUCCAUUUCAUCGGGAGGAUGAACGCUGGCCAGAUCAAGAUCUGCGGACAGUGGCUGGAGCUCUCGGAGAUCGAAUCCCACAAAGGCAAAGACAAUCUGCUCAUUGCAUACACUGUCACUGCUGCACCAACAUCGGCCUCGCAAUCUCAUUCCCUCUUACCACGACUCCUCAAGUUGCUGCACAAGAGUCUUCCGUCGUGUAUGAUUCCCCAUCUCGUGUGCUGGAUCCCAACUCUUCCUCUGAUGCCUAACAACAAGGUGGACCACCAUCAGCUCCGAGCCCGUGCUGCAACCAACGUCGAUAGCAUGCUGAACAAUGACACAGAGGAAGAUGGAUCAGGCGAGCCUGGAGAUGAGGUUAAGAAACAGCUCUGUAGGAUCAUGGAAGCCCUUCUCGGUUGCACAUCUAUUCGUCAGUUCACGAACUUCUUUGAUGUGGGGGGCCAUUUGCUCCUUGCCUCCCGUUUGGUCUUCCGAAUGCAAGAAGCUUUCAACAUCCCGUUCGCUCUAAUGGAUGUGUUCCACUCGCCUGUAGGCAAGGCAAUGGCAGGCAAGAUCAGGCAGGCGAUUGCCACUAGGCCAGUUGAUCAAAUAUCGAUGACACCUCUGACACUUGCCCUGGUAUACGAGGAGUUCCAUGUACCCUCUGUGCUUGUCUUUUCUGAGGAGCCUCGCAAGCCAUUCUUGUUCUGCAUUCUCAUGGCCACUGGUCUUGGCCACACAUUCGCUGCGCUGUCUCGCUCCACCAACUUGUUCAAUGUCAUAGCUCUCAAUGACCCUGAGUAUGUCACGCCCGAUGACUUCUCUCAAGACCAGGUGUCCACAGAUCACGCCAACACCUUGUGCAAUCCGGGCAUCUACACCGUCGAGAACCACGCCAAGUACUACUAUGCGCAUAUUGUCGAGGAGCUGGCCCGCAUUGGUACUACCAAGCCCGACGCCGCACCAUUUAACAUCUUAGGCUACUCCUACAGUGGACAUGUCGCAGUCGAGAUGGCGCGCCUCGUGCAGGAUGAGGGCUGGACCAUCAAUCUCUUCGUACUUCACACGUCGGUGCACCCGAUGCAUGAGGCCAAGCUGUCGCAGACACAGAUUGAAGAGGCCGCGCAUGUUGUCCUACUGACUGUGAUGAGCAUCAUCAAGCUGCCGCUCAGCAACAUGGGAGAGCAAGGUGCACGUUUGAAGCACAACAUUGAGGUCUGCACCCUCACCAACAUUUAUAUACUCUAUGCGCAUGUGAUGCCGCAGUACAAGGGGCAUGUCAUGCUGUUCCGCACAGAGUCGAAUUCUGGCCACGGCUUCGUCCCGCUCAUUGGCUCAUUGGACGAGGUUUUCUUGCACGGGAACCACUACCACCUAUUCCAAGAAGAAUCUGGGAAUCUGUCCAUGAUUAGUGCUAAAGUUUCUGCAGUCCUCAAUGCAUAG